AUGAAUUGCAUUAAAAGGUUGUGGCUUGUAAAAGUGAUGUGAAAUUGUGAAGCAGAACUAAUUAAAAGUCAUCCAUACCAGUCAACUUUUGUGAAAUUUACAUGCAGAUGCAUUUAAUUCUGAUGGAUACCAAGGAAAACUAACAGAAUCAUAAUGAGUGAGACAGCCUCCAACACGUACCACACUGUGGAGGUGGGGGAUUCCACAUUUGACAUUCUAGAACGUUACAGUAAUCUCAAACCUAUAGGAUCUGGUGCUCAGGGAAUUGUUUGUGCUGCCUAUGAUGCUGUUACUGGGCAGAAUGUUGCCAUUAAAAAACUUAGCCGUCCUUUCCAAAAUGUCACCCAUGCUAAACGAGCAUAUAGGGAAUUUGUGUUAAUGAAGUUAGUCAACCAUAAAAAUAUUAUUGGAUUAUUAAAUGCAUUCACACCACAGAAAUCUCUGGAGGAGUUUCAAGAUGUAUAUCUAGUGAUGGAGUUGAUGGAUGCUAAUCUGUGCCAAGUCAUCAACAUGGAUCUAGACCAUGAGAGAAUGUCCUAUUUGUUGUAUCAAAUGUUGUGUGGUAUUAAGCAUCUGCAUUCAGCAGGCAUUAUACACAGGGAUCUGAAACCAAGCAAUAUUGUUGUAAAAUCAGACUGCACUUUGAAAAUCCUGGACUUUGGCUUGGCACGAACGCAGGGUACAGGUUUCAUGAUGACACCCUAUGUAGUAACUCGUUAUUACAGAGCUCCCGAGGUCAUCCUAGGAAUGGGAUACACAGACAAUGUGGACAUAUGGAGUGUGGGGUGUAUCAUGGCAGAACUCAUAAGAGGAGCUGUCAUGUUUCCUGGAAGUGAUCAUAUUGAUCAAUGGAACAAGAUAAUUGAACAGUUAGGAACACCUUCUAGAGAAUUCAUGCAGAGGCUGCAGCCUACAGUGCGUAACUAUGUGGAGAAUCGUCCGCGCUAUGCAGGAUAUAGCUUUGAGAGACUAUUCCCUGACGUUAUAUUUCCACAGGACAGUCAGGAACACGCUGGACUGAGGGCCAGUAUGGCUCGUGAUUUGUUGUCCAAAAUGUUAGUGAUAGACCCCGAAAAAAGAAUAACCACAACUGAGGCGUUACAGCAUCCAUACAUUAAUGUCUGGUAUGACGAACAGGAAGUGAAUGGGGUAAGCUUCACACCAGCACCUGCGCCUUAUGACCACACUGUAGAUGAGCAGGAACACACAGUGGAACAAUGGAAAGAAUUAAUCUAUAAUGAAGUUAUGUCAUAUGAAAACCAAGGUCAAAACCCUGGAAAACAGCCAGCACAACCUAUGCAAAAUCACUCAGAGAUGAGUAUGGAUCUACAAAAAGCAGCCUGAGACAUUACCGUGAGUCAUUCAGUAAUGUAAUAUUUGUACUUCAGUGGGAGCUGUGAACAACGAGAGUGAUGUGCCCAUGGCUGACGGAACUAGUCAGAAAUAAUGUGUAUAGUGCUUGUAAUUUAUUGGAGCUGGCAGAGUGAUGUCCUUCAGCAUUGAGAGCUCUGCAUUUUAACUGUGAUUAGGAUAUUAAUUUAACCCUCUAGAUGCAAAAUGCUUCAUGUUGAUUAUUUUAACUGGCCAUGUGAUUUUUUUUUUAUUUUGUCAAAUUUUGUCCUGUGUGCAUGUUUUGUUUUUUGUCUUGGAAUUUUUCAAGUCAUUUUGUUUUGCUUAUAAAAAAAUAUUCAGAAACUUGAA